AUGUCUCACAACAAUCAAUCUGGUUCAGCCAAAAACAACAAACGUAGACAUGUAGAUUCUACUCAUUCUGAUGAAGAAUUAAACAUAUCUCCUGAUAUUUCUGAAGAUUCUUGGCCAAGGUUCAUCGUCAUUGCUUCUGCAGACGGUAAUCCAUUGCGACUCAAUCCUUUUGCUAUCUCCCUUGGUAUCAAAGGUGCAUGCGGAGAAGUUCAAAAUGUCACACGCCUUCGUUCAGGUUCGCUGUUAGUUGAAUGUGCACGGAGACAACAAUCUGUUAAUCUGUUGUCCUUACAACAGUUUGUUAACACUGAGGUUGUUGUCUCAGUGCACAAGACUCUGAAUUCCAAAAAAGGCAUCAUCAGGGACCGCGCUCGUUGUCUGGCUGACAUGAGCGAAGAGGAAAUUGCUAUUGAGCUGAAAAGCCAAGGAGUAACUGAUGUUAAACGUUUUACGAGGAAAAAGCAAGAUGGAACAAUCACACAAACGAAUACUUACCUUUUCACCUUUUCUCUAUCAGUCCUUCCCACUUCCAUUAAAGCCGGAUACUUCAACAUCGGAGUGGAGGUCUAUGUACCUAACCCACUCCGUUGUUUCAAAUGCCAGCAAUUUGGACAUGGUGCCAAGUAUUGUCGUAACAAUGCAGCAUGCUUCCGUUGUGGUGGAGCUCAUGACAGCUCCGAAUGCACAAACACCAUAAAUUGUGUUAACUGCAGCGGAGGGCAUAUGGCAUCUUCCAAAUUCUGUCCAAAGUUUGAAUAUGAAACCAAAAUCCUGAAAAUCAAAUGCAACAACAAUAUUUCUUAUCAUGAAGCUAAAAAGUUAAUACCUCUUCCAUCGCAAACUCCUUUGGCUAAAUCUUAUUCAGCUGCAGCUUCCUCUCCCUCACCAACCAAAACAUCUGUUCAGUGUCAGACAUCGAUCUCGUGGGUUACUGAUCAACAGAUCAUCCCUGAUCCUAUUAUCGCUCUUCCAGGAACAUCAACAUCUGAGACUCAAACUGAUGUUCUACCAUCUGCACCAGACACUCCUGAUGCCCUGAAACAAAUUGAGAAUGUUGAGGGCACUGCCCACCUGACAAACAAGGAAAAAAAACAGCUAAAGAAAAGAGCCAGGGCCCUCCAACACUUGGGGGUGCCUUCUCAUACGUCUAACCCUGUUGAGGUUCACAAUUCGUUUGAACCUCUGGAGAUGGAGGUCACUCCUUCCAACUCCAUACCUGGGAGUGGUCCUCCCUCACGUUCCAGAUCACCAGUUGAGCCACCAUGA